CCUAGGAAGGAAUGCUAGCGAGAAUUUCCCAGUGGGUCGCCAAGGCCAGUGGCGGCAGGAGCGUGGCGUGGAUUGUGAAGCUCAAUGGCGGCAAGGAGCUCAUCGGGCGGGACGAUGGCGGGAACACGUAUUUCCGGAAGCCUUUCGUCAAUGAUCUAGGCGUUUCAACAGAGAAGCGGUGGAUGGAGUUUGCAGGCGAUCCAGAUCCCACAACCGUGCCGGUCGAGUGGAGUAGAUGGCUGACUUACACGAGAAAGGAUGCGCCGACGCCACAGGAGUUAGUGGACAAAGCUUUGUAUCGCAAGAAUGUGAAGAUCAAGGCAGCAUUAAUACAGAAGGAGGAAGAGAAGCGAAUUUUCAGAGCCAAGAGCUUGAAGAAGGAAGGAGUCGAUAUGAGUCCCCAGACUAUGGAAAGGUUUCUACGUCAGGUUUCAUCGCAGGAUGAAAAGAGCCAAGAUACCAGUGAUUGGAGCCCGGUAGAUUCUUCAAGUUCAACGGAGCCUUCAGGCACAGGCGACACUUUUGUGCCAGGGAAAUGGCGACCUUAAAUUAGUUUGGAAUAACUAAUAGAUUUAACUAGCAGGGCUCCCAGCUCCGCUGGGAAAAGUAAAGAUGAAAAUAUGUUGUUAUAUAUACUUUGGAGCA